AUGGAUGUGUUCUGGGAGGCACCUCCGGUGUCCCGAACCAUCACUGCAUUGGCUCUGGUCGAGUCGCUCCUCUACUACAGCGAAACCCUCAGUUUCUAUAAUGUUGUGUUUCUGAGGGGCAAGCUGUUCAAGGCGCUCCCGGAGGUCUGGCGACUGGUGACUCCCUUUCUACUAACCGGCUGGAGCUUCGACUUUCUUUUUGAUCUCUACUUCAUGUACCACUACGGCAGUUCCCUGGAAAUUGGAUCACCUCGCUUUAGCCAGCCUGGAGACUUUUUCGUCUACCUGAUCUUUGUAGCUUGCACCAUUUUGGUCUCUGCAGGUCUCUGGCUCCAAAGUUUCAUUUUCACUCAAGCAUUGAUCUUGGCAUUCGCCCACACCUACGCCCAAGACAAUCGGGGUAAAAAGGUCAAGUUCUUCGUCCUUCAGAUCCCCGUGCUGUGGCUUCCCUGGGCCAUUCUCACGAUGACUCUGGUCAGGUCUGGCUGGGGUCCGGUCAAGACCCAGUUUACGGGGAUUAUCGCUUCCCAUCUAUACGACUUCCUCACCCGCAUCUACCCAACCUUUGGCGGUGGAAAAAACUACAUCUUCACUCCGGCUUGGGUGCGGCGUUAUAUCUUCAGACACACCCCGGACGCCGCACGCCGCGCUUACGGUAGAGCUUAUCGCCCAUCACGACCAGCUGAUCCCCAGCCCGAGCCGGACUCGGGGACUCGUGGCUGGACAUCGUCUCAGGAUCUGGGCUCCUGGGGUACUCGUGGUUCCGGGCGACGACUCGGUUAG